AUGUCAACUAUAGAUUUCCAAGUCCUCAGGUCUGAAACAAAUAGAUUGAUAUCGGAAAUACAGGCACGUUAUGCUUUAGGCAAAGCCCAUCAUGCAGAUACAGGUUUGAAUGCAGAAGAGAUGCUUCUCAACAUUUGGAGAGAUGUGCAAGCCGAUGAUCAUGAGCUAUGUGAACUUGAUCUUAGAAUAGGUGAGCAACACUAUCCAAAAAGCAAACACACAACGAUGCUCUUGAUUGCAUUCUAUCUCCUUGAGAAUGACCUUGAUGAUGUUCUUGAUGCAUUGAUAUCUGAGGUGCACGAUGAAAAAGAUGUGUUAAUAAAGGUCAAAGCCAGUUAUUCACACUUCAGAAAGAUGGCUCUGCAAAUAGAAGAUGAUAUUUUUACUCUUUUAAAAGAAUUUAUUGGCAAAGAAGCGCUGAAUGAUCUUGGAUUGCAGACUAGCCUGUAUGAGUUUCUGAUACUGAUUUGUAAUGGAAACUCAAACCAGGCAUUAAGAUCAUGCCUUAAUGAAAUAAAGGCAUAUUAUCCGCUACAUUCGCAGAAAAUCAAGCGCAUGCUUAGAUUCUUAAUCGAUCCUACAGGCAUAGAGGCAACAAUUCAUGCGAGCAAACAAAUAUUGAUUGAGACACUCAAGAUGCAAUACUUCCGAGCAGAUGAUAUUCCGAGCAGAUGCCAUCUUAAGAAUCUUUUCAUGGCUGGAACCUGUGCAUUAAAACAACUUCUGGAGUCAGGUAAUCCACUGAUUGAUCAAGAUGAAUGCACGCUUCCUGUGGAGAUACAGUUGGGCAAAGAAUCAUAUUACCAUUCUCUUUUUGUAUGUCCGGUACUUAAAAGUUUGUGCACUAAAAGUAAUCCACCAUGCAUACUAGAGUGUGGGCAUGUAAUUUCUUUCGACGCUGCCACGGUGCUGUCUAGAGAAGGCGCAUCAAGCAGCUUCAAAUGCCCUUAUUGCCCUGAAUUAUCUAGGUAUGGAAGCCUGAUGAAGCUUAGUAUAGACUAG